AUGUUGUGCAUUUAUGAUACGCUUUAUCGUCUUGGUUUAUGGUCCAUAUUUGUACUUAACAGUUGGCUUUUAGCCUAUCAAAUGACGGGUGAGAAGAAGCGAGGAAAACGUACGCCUCGGUUGAGGCGAAAUUAUGAGUUGGCACCAGGCGUAAUGAGAUUCUCACGAGCUAGAAUGUAUUCGAAAAGAGCCAUAUAUGCAAAGAAGCCAUUCCCAGUUUCUAAAAAGACAAAAGAAGUUAAAGAAAAGUUUGUUACUAAGAAGAUUGGUGGUGAAAAAAAUGGAGAAGUGCGGAAAGUUCGGAUCAAGAAGGGACCUAAGUAUCUCCCUGAAGAUCGGUUUGUUUGGAAGUCGUAUCAUCGACGUCCUGCGAAAGUUCCUUUAAGGUCGUCAUUAACUCCAGGGACUGUUCUGAUUCUUUUAACAGGCAGGCACAAGGGGAAACGCGUCAUUUUUCUUAAACAGCUGGCGAAAUCAGGGCUUUUACUUGUUACUGGGCCAUUGAAGCUCAACUCAUGCCCCCUUCGACGGAUAGCGCAAGCGUUUGUUAUUGCCACGAAGACAAAAGUAGAUGUGUCUGAAGUAAAAAUCCCAGACCAUAUUAAUGAUGAAUAUUUCCGUAGGAAGACCAAUAAAAAGGUUCCAAGGAAAGGUGAUUCGGCCUUAUUUGCCCAGGGACAUGAGGUUAUUUCUUUAUUUCAACAGUCUGAAUGGACUGUUAGCAAGUGUACUUCUUUGCAUUUUACCUCAGCCAGAACAGCAGUUAUUUUUCAUUCGUCGGGAAACAUCAAAAUUGUUUUACAGGAGUACCAGGUUUCUGACCAGAGAAAGGCGGAUCAGAAGGCCAUUGAUGCUCCCAUACUAGCAGCUAUUAAAAAAGAACCUGAACACAAAUUCCUAUUCCGAUACUUGGCUUCCAGAUUUUCUUUGGGAAAGAAUCAGUUCCCACAUAAAAUGAUAUUUUAA